CAAAAAACACACACAUUUCGCUUUUCCUCCUUUUUCUUUUCCUAUUUCUCCAAAAUCUUUCUUCUUCAGCAUGGGGUCUAAGUCUUUUCACCUUUCCCAAUCUCAUUCCAAAUUUCUAUGAGAUAAGCAUGCAAGACAUUUUGCUUUAUAUACGCGAUUAUGCAUAUGUCUUCAGCCGUACCAAGCAGCUUCCAUAUGUCCUAGCUAAUUGUUUCCUCUUCUAAUCGUGCCUGUUCUUGAGAGGCACCCUUCAGAUCCCCCCACCUGCCUCCCCUCUGAUUACUCGAGGUGGAUGAAUCAUUAAUAUCACCAGAGAGCCAGCGCUAGAGAGAUAGAGAGUGAAGGAGAGAGUCUUGGAUCUAGGGCAGAAAGUGCAAUGACAGGGGUUUUCUUGGGAUCCGAUACACAAGAAACACAGAAGCAGCAAGGUCAGUAAUGAUCAGCUUUGAAGAGUGGUGGUUGCAGUUUGCAGGUGACUGGAGAGCAACAAGAGAGCAAACCAACAAAGAAAACCCACAAAAGCGAAGAGAAGAAGAGAUAGUACACGGAAGCUGCUUCAAGUUGGGAUCUUUUGUUUCUUUGCUUUUCUUCUUUCUCUCUCUCUUUGCCAGAGACAAGAUCAGAAGGAGGCCAAGGAGGAUCUGAAUCUUCCAGACACACACAGCUUAUCCAUCAAAAUUAAUAACCCUAGAGAGAACCACAGACAUAACACCAAACGCAGGCAAGGCCUUGUAAAUCCCAUUAAGGCCCCUUCAUCCAUUCGGAAGGAGAAGAAUCAGCCAAAAGGAAGGGGGUGUAUUCUUUUCUCAGGACCCUUCUUUAUCUUAAAUUAUGCAUAAAGCUCCAAAACUGUGAAAUGGGAAUGAAGAGCACGGAAGGAGAGAUUGUCCAGGUCCAGGGAGGCCACAUAGUUCGGGCGACCGGCCGAAAGGACCGCCACAGCAAGGUUUACACUGCGAAAGGCCCCCGGGACCGCCGUGUCCGGUUGUCGGCUCACACCGCGAUUCAAUUUUAUGAUGUCCAAGACCGGCUUGGCUACGACCGGCCCAGCAAGGCCGUGGACUGGCUCAUGAAGAAGGCGAAGGCGUCCAUCGACAAGCUCGCCGAGCUGCCGCCUUGGCAGCCGAACUCUGGCUCUGUCCCUCCCGCCACCACUGCCCCAGACAGCAUAGCACACAAUGGUAAUUCGGCCGAGAUGGCGGUUGCGGAGGAAUCAGAGUCUCCCGAGUACAAUUUUCAGCUCCAUAGGCAAAUCAGUGCCAAUUCAAGAAACGCAACAAGCCAAUUCUUGCCACCGCAGCUGGACAACGAUCAGUCCAUGUUGGAGACGAUUAGGUCGUUCUUCCCGACGAGCUCGGCCGCGUCAUCCAUCAAUUUCAGCAGCUACCCAGCCGAGAUUAUGUCGAGGAGCAACCAGCAGAACCAAGACCUUGGCCUUUCCCUACACUCUCUUCAGUCUCAAUCUGCUCUAGCUCACCAUAGCGAUCCGCAAGAGAAUGAAAUGAGCCAAACCCUUUUCUCGACUUCAGCGCCAAUGGUGUUUGAACCCGGGUUUCAGAGAAUGAUGGGUUGGAGCACCGAUCCAGCCAGCACGGACAACCGGAGCAGUGGCAGGUUUCUGUUCAACUCGCCAACGCCAUCGACGCUGCCUUCGCCGCUGCUCAGCCAAGGCUCGGCGGUGUUUCCACAAAGGGGAACCCUUCAGUCCAGUUUCGCACCGACUUUUCGCUCUCUUGACGAGUUUUCUCUGGCCUCGGCUGACCAUCACAAGUCGCAGGUCAUCCAUCAUCCGUCUUUGCUCUUCGGCAACAGGUUCGUCUCCGAUGGACUGCCGGGGUUUUGCAUUUCUUCGCAAAUUCAGAACGACGGGGCACCGCACGAAGUCAUUUCCGCGAGGCCAUCAUCUUCUGCUUCUCUGAGUAAUGGUCGUUAAUUGAAGAGAGGAAGUCCUCAUCUUUAUCACUCCUGAGGAAUUUGGCGAUGGGAGCUGUAGAAGCAGUCCAAAUGUUGACGAAACAAGAGAGGAAAUUCUCGUCAAGUCAAUUUCUCUACCCUUUGGAGAAGAUCAUAUCAGGCUUGUUUCAAUCGUCUAGAGGGUCUUUUCUCAAAUCAGUUCCCCAGUUAUACCAUAAUAUAUUAAUUUUGUUGCAAAUGGUUAAGUAGGUUUUCUUGCAUCAGCUUGAUUUGUCUUCUGGAAUGUGUUUUGAUCUGCGUGCUGAGCUCACCUAGAAAGAGCUCAAAAACUUUUGAAUGGUGAUUACACUUACACAGAUUCUUGUUAAGUGAGAAUAUUCUCUUCUCGUGC